CUGAACGGAGGGUUAAAGGUCACACAGAAUGGAACGGCCGGAGGUGCCAAAAUGGCCAUCGGAACCCCCAUCAUGUCAAUCGACAGGGAAGAGGAAGAGUCGGACGACAGCGAGUGCGGCGGAGGCGGUAGCGGUAGCGAUGGCGACUCUGAGGACUCGCGGAACUACUGGGAGGACGACGACGACGACGUGUACCAGGAGUUCGAGGAGCUGGACUUCGAGUCCCUGCCCGACCGGUCGGACACGUGGAGCACCCUCUCCGACGACUCCUUCUACCCGCCGGACGACGCACUGGCGUCGGGCCUGCAGUGCCUGGCAAGACCGGGCAGCCCCGAGCCCAUCUCGCUGUUCAAGGCGUGCGGCAACAACAACCCCGUCAUCGUCAAGAUCCUGAUCCGGCAGGGCGUGUCCGAGGAGGAGGUCAGGGAGACGGACAGGAACCGCAGAACUGGGCUGAUUAUAGCGUGUUACCAAGGUUACGUGGACGUGGUCAUCGCUCUGGCCCAGUGCCCGUACCUCGACGUCAACUGGCAGGACAACGAGGGCAACACGGCACUCAUAACAGCGGUGCAAGCAGGGCACCUCAUGAUCUCCAACCACCUGCUCAACUACUUCCCCAGGCUGGACAUCGAGAGGAGGAACUGCCACGGGUUCACGGCCCUGAUGAAGGCCGCCAUGCAGGGCCGGGCGGAGUGUGUCAGGGCGCUGAUGAUGGCCGGCGGGGACAUGGAGGCCAGGGACUACAGCCGCCAGCAGACACCCAUGGAGUGGGCUCUGUUCACGGGCCGCUACGAGACGUCUUUCCUCAUGGAGAGGCUGAUGGCACAGCCCUGCGCAGAGCAGUUCUGCAACAACUUCUCCUUGGAAUGGCCCAUGCUUGAGGAGCUGGUGGCCCGAUCCCAGGAGCCCAAGUCCUGCUGGGGCCGCCUCGGCGACCUGCUGAACUGCUGCCCCGUCACCCUGCACCUCAGCAACAAGGUGAACCCGGUGGACGACGGCGUCCUGGACUACAUGGUGCGCGUCACCACCAGCCUGCUCAGCCCCCUCAUCGCCACCGCCUGCCACACCGUCUGCCCCGGCAGCCCGCCCUGCGUGGGCAAGCGCCGCUUCGCCGUGCCGGAGAUCCUCCGCCGGCAGCGCGUGGACCAGCUGCGGCAGCUGGGGCCCGGGAGGCACGACAACUACCAGCGGCUCUUACAGAACUCCCGGGUGCUCCUGGUGCCCUCGGCCCAGGGCCGGCGGGCCAGCCUGCAGCCCCAGCUCCUCCGGGAGGUGGCGGCCGUCUCCUCGGUGGCCAUGCGGAGGGCCAGCCUGCUGCCGCUGCACAUGAUGAGGCGGAGCAGCGUGAGGCCGGGCCCCGUGGUGCCCAAGGUGAGGCUGUGCAAGGCCCCGUCGCCCUCCUACGUGCCGGAGGCGACCGGGUGCCGCCGCGACGACCCCGCCCACCUGCAGAUCCCCAAGUGGAAGUACAAGAAGAAGGCGGAGGGGAGCAAGGAGCAGGAGGCGGCGAGGCAGCAGGUGUUUCCUCUGACCAAGAGGAAGUGA